GGCGCGCCGCUCUCCCCCGGCCGCUGCGGGCACGACUGCAGGCCGACCUCGGGCGCAGAGGGCGGCGGUGCCCAGGUCCCACCCCUCAGCCCUCCGCGCGCCUGGGAGAGAUCAGGACCAUGUCCCGGGCAGGGAAGCCGGGCAAAGCCCGGGCGACGUGGCUGGGCAUUGGGCUUUUGGGUCUCUUCCUGCUCCCCACGUCCCUGUCGCUGGAGGUGUCGGUGGGAAAGGCCACCACCAUCUAUGCUGUAAACGGCACGGCGAUCCUGCUGCCCUGCACCUUCUCCAGCUGCUUCGGCUUCGAGAAUCUUCGCUUCUGGUGGUCCUACAACAGCAGCGAUACAUACAGGAUUCUCAUAGAUGGCAUUGUGAAGAAUGAGAAGUCUGACCCCAAGGUGAGGUUGAAGGACGAUGACCGCAUCACUCUGGAGGGCACUACUAAGGAGAAGAUGAACAACAUUUCCAUUCAGCUGAGCAACGUGGAGUUUAGCGACACAGGCAAAUACAGCUGUUACGUGAGGAACCCCAAGGAGAAGGACCUGCAGCACCACGCCACCAUCUUCCUCCAAGUGGUUGAUAAACUGGAGGAAGUGGACAACACGGUGACCUUGAUCAUCCUGUCUGUGGUGGGCGGGGUCAUCGGGCUCCUGAUCUGCAUCCUGCUGUUGAAGAAGUUGAUCACCUUCAUCCUGAAGAAGACCCGGGAGAAGAAGAAGGAGUGUCUUGUGAGUUCCUCGGGGAAUGACAACACAGAAAAUGGAUUGCCUGGCUCCAAGGCAGAAGAGAAGCCACCCACCAAAGUGUGAGGCCCCACCUGGGGCCAAGCAGCACAGGGAGCCUUGUUUUCUGAUGGUGAUAUUGAUGCUCGAAUCCCGUUUGUACAAGCCACAUGCCUGAGACAUCUGUUGCUUGGCUCAAGCUGUAGUCUUUCUGGACAGCAGGGAUCAGUGCUGUCCAGCUCUUCCCCGUCCCCAGCCAGGGCUUUCCAGGGACAAGGGCUGGCUGGGGAAGGGGACUUGGGGGACUUUUGGUAAAGAGAAAGGAGGGGCUAGAAAAAUGUGGAGGGGCAGGUCCUCGACACCUAGAAAGAUGGGGAAGUUUCCUCCAGGCUCCCCAACACCAUGGUUUUCCCUGAUUUUUUUAAACCAACAAGGACUUGGGGGAUCACUGCUCCCAGAGCUGGGUUUGAAGAUGGGCUGGAGUAGGCUAGAGUACUCUGAGGGUGGAGUCUGCAGAGAUAAGGCCACUCUGAGAGGCAAGCUGGGCUUUGAAGAACAUCUGCUCUCCCACGGUUUCUCCAGUGGGGAACUUCCUCGCCAACCCUGGAUUUCCUGUCCAUGUUGUCCCAGCUCUCUGCCUCACUUCCUGCUCAGAAUUUCUUGACUCUCCCCAUUAAACCUGGCUGCCUUGAUUUUGAGGGGUUCCAGCCCACCUAGCCAGUCUCUGCUCUCUGGGUUGCUAAGGAGGGACCCUCAUGCAGGGAGCCCUGGAGAGCUAUCUGCACCUUUCCUGGGAUUUCUGUGUGGGGAAUUGGGCUGGAGUGAGAAAGGGUGUCCUGGGUGUCUUAGCCAUUGGAAUAUCUACCCCAGCCCUUACAAGGCUGGCAGCGCUUGUCCUUGGCAUGGCAGGCCCAUGCCACAGGGGCACUCUAGAGCUCAGCUUCCCUGCUCCUCCCCUUCUUUUGAAACAGCAGGUGGUGUCACUGUACUUGAAGUGUGGCUUCCUGGGACCUCUCAUCUUUAACCUCUCUUCCCAUUCAUUCACUCCUCCUGUGCCCCUUCAGCUUGCCUGCUCCUGCCCUCAGGGCUGCCCAUCCCCCAGCUCAGCACCCAUCUUUGCUCAGGGACCUUGAAUUUUCCAGCUGCGUUCUGCUCGGCUGGGCCAGUCCCUCUCCUAGCCUGGGGUGAAGGGGGAGGGAGAGGAUGCCCCCACUUUUCCUCUGUUCUCUGCAGAACUGGUUUGCACAUCCCUUGAGUGUGGGGCUAGAUUGUGCCUUAGUUCCUUGAAUCCUGGCUCUUGUCCUUCUCUCUCUAAUUCAUCCUUCCUGACUUGUUUGCCAUAAUGCUGGUGAGCAUCCCCAGGCCCCUCCUAAAGGUCACAGAGGGGGCCAGGAAGCUAGAGUCGUGUUAUCAAUGGCCCCAUGGCCGGUAGCAAAUUUGGACACACCCGCAGGGUAUUUCCAUCUUUGUCCCUGUCAGGGACCAGGGAUGGUGUUAAACAUGGGGCCUUCUGAUAGGUUCGAUUGUGUGGGGCACUGUGAUAUGUGAGAUGUAAUAAUGGAGGUCUCCCCACCCUAUCUUCCCUGUUAGAUUUCUCAUGUAUCCCAGGCUGGCCUCCAACUUGUCAUAUAGCCAGGAUUGGCCUUGAACUCCUGAUCCUCAUGCCUCCACCUCCUGAGUGCUGGGAUUACAGGAGUGAGCCACCACACCCUGCUCAUAUUUCCCUGGUUUUGAGACCGGACAUGACAUCAGAGCCUCUGACCUUUCAGGAAUCUUCUUCUAGCUGCCUUCAUACAAAACAGCUUUCUUCCUCCUUCCUGGCUCCACAUUGGAAGAGGCCACGUGCCCCAGGCUCUUCUCACUGUCUCGAGAGGAAGCUGAGGCGUGCACUGCUGGCUUAUAAGUGGCUCUCACGGCUUCUCUGGGCUCAGCUUUUCCCAUCUCUCCAAUGGGUAUAAUAAUACUUACCUACCUCACAGGACUGUCGUGAGGCUUGGAGAGUUCUGUGUAAAAAAAAAAAAAAAUCUGCUUGGCUUGGAAGUGCACCUGGGAAACAAGUUUUUUAAUUGGGAGGGAUUUUCCAAGUUUGUCAUGUCCUUUCUGCUUCCCAUCCUUCUGACAUGACACACACACACACACACACACACACACACACACACACGCCACAUUCUUCCUCUUCCCUCUGAAAAUCCACAUGACUUUGCGACAUUAGAAACCUUGGCUCUCACUGAUGCUUAAACAUCCUUCCCAUAGCUCUCAUUUGGGAAUUUGCAAUACAGGCGAUUGGAACUGGAGGGGGAACAUUUUGAUUGUCCCAAGGUUUGAGACACUACUGGCAAUUAGUUGUUGAGGACUAAACUUAAUCCUCUCAACAAAGAAUGUCCUGUCCUAGUGCCAAUGUCAUGCCUGUGGACAAACAUUGUCACAGAUUUGCAGUAGGAUGGAAAUGGGCAAAGCCACUUUCCCCAGCCAGCUCCUUAGUGCCAGCCAGUCUUCAACGGUGUUCUCAGGGUGGGUGAGGGCAUUCCCAGGGGGAGGGGCUGCAGAGAGCCUCUUGCACAUUUGUGCUGACAGUGAUGCCAGCGCGACCAAAGACCAACCCAAGAGAUGCUCCUUCUCGACCUCCAAGAAGCACACCUGCGUUUGAGGCCCCGGCUUGCUCCCGGCGUAGGAACCGAGCAGAAGGUGGCUGGAAUAAAUUUGUGAAGCAGGAGAGGCCAGAGGGAGGGGCUGAUGAAGCGAAGUUCUCACACAUAUGUUCCCAUGUCUGGCUGACCAGCUCCCGUGGAGCCAGGGAUACAAGCACGCACCCUGGAGUGCUCUGGCAGGCGAGGGUGUGCUCGUGUGGAGUGUCUGGCGUGGGCAUGUGGCCGUGUGUGUGUGCAGACUGCACGUGCAGAGGCGUGGCUGUGCAGUGCGUGGGCUGUGCAUGAUGCGGGGACUCUGAACGUCCAGGAGCUUGAGCUGGGGGCCGAGGAUGCGCAUGAGACAGGAUAAGCAGCCAUGCUCUUACCUUCCACUUCUCUGAAACGUCGUGUCAUUGUCACAGCGGGCUGCCAUUGGAGGGCUGGUGGGCAGGAGAACCAAGAGGAGGGACUUCUGGGGAAAAUCCUGUAACUUGCUGCAUCUCACUUUGUCCCAGGUUGGAGCUCCUGCUGUCCUGCCUCCCACCUGCUAUCGGAGCUUUUGACUAUCAUAUGCAUGGUUUCUUCCUCUGGCUUGGGUGACAAUACCCAUAAGCAAUUUUCUUGUGUAACUUUAUAGAUCAAACAAUGCAGUGAUGGGCUGUGGAGGCCUCAGGCCUGUGGUGCCUCAGGGAGGCCCAGACAUGCACAUGUCCAGCACUGACUUGGGUUCAAGCACAGAAUCGAUGUGAUCAGACUAUCUUGCCUCUGCAACAUGUUUUGCAUUGUAGAAUUGUAUUUAGCUUUGCUUUGGAUGAAACAAUAAAAACUAUUUUUUAAUAA